CGUGACGCCAAUGCUCAAGGUGGAAAUGGUGGACCAAGCUUUCCUAUCGGGAAGCGUGACGCCAAUGCUCAAGGUGGAAAUGGUGGACCAAGCUUUCCUAUCGGGAAGCGUGACGCCGAUGCUCAAAAUGGCGGCAAUACUCUCAACAUACCUAGCAAGAAGCGUGAUGCUGAUGCUCAAAAUGGCGGCAAUACUCUCAACAUACCUAGCAAGAAGCGUGACGCCAAUGCUCAAACUGGAGGCAAUAGUGGUAUCUUUCCUAGCAAGAAGCGUGACGCUAAUGCUCAAACUGGAGGCAAUAGUGGUAUCUUUCCUAGCAGGAAGCGUGAUACCAAUGCUCAAACUGGAGGCAAUGCUGGAAGCUUUCCUUUCGGGAAGCGUGACGCCAAUGCUCAAAAUGGAACCAAUGGUGGAAACGCCAGGAAAGCGUGA